AUGGGCCAGGAAGAUGAUAUUAACGCAUCCAUUGCACACAUUGUGUUGGGCUGUGUAGCCGGACAAAGUCUGGGCCGCGUUCAUGUCAGAAGCUACUCUCAUCCGGGGAUGCAUGCAAACUUUUUCGUACAUGGAUUGUUGGGGUUUUUACACUUUCAAAGUGGAAAAUUUAACAAUGACUUCACAGCAGCUUAUAAUAUCAGUACCAGCGCAACUCGAUAUUUAGCAUUACCAUGUUUGAUGGCAGAUAUAUAUCAUGGAGAUAAAAGUUUAAGUACCCUCCAUCUUGUCUCUGGUUUGAUUCCAUUCGUUAUGGCGUUGGCGGGAAACGACAAUCCACAAUUGGGAAAUUUGGUGAUAGCGUGCAAUAUUGUGUCCUUAUGUGUUUAUUCUCAGCAAAAUGAUAGGGUCUGGGGUUGGUAUACUGCUGGAGCGGGGGUUAUUGCGUAUUUUUGUACACCUCAAAUGGGUAAAAAAGUCGCGUAUCCAUUGUUCCUCGCUCUCAUGGAAUACUGUGCAUACAAAAUGUUCCACAUUCAAUUUUCGACACCAUCGCCAUAAAUAAAUAAUCUGUAUUA